AUGGGUCGUGGAAAGAUUGAGAUAAAGAGGAUUCAAAACACAACAACAAGACAAGUUACAUUUUCCAAAAGAAGAAGUGGACUCAUCAAGAAAACUCAUGAACUUUCAGUGUUAUGUGAAGCUAAAAUUGGGCUUAUCAUUUUUUCAAGUACUGGAAAACUCUUUCAAUACUGCUCUGAACCCUAUAGUAUGGAGCAAAUCAUUGAAAAGUAUGAAAGAUCUAGUGGUAAACGAGUUAUGGUGGAACAGGAUGAUCAUCUGACUAAUCACCACAGGGAAGAAAUGCUGAAUGAGAUAGCAAUGUUGAGGCAAGAAAGUCUUAGUAUUGAAUUGGGAAUUCAACGCUAUUUAGGAGUUGACAUGAAAAAUUUCAAGUUUGAUGAUCUGAUAAAACUUGAAGAAGAAUUAGAAAAUUCUCUUGCAAAAGUUCGAAAUCGGCAGAUUGAGCUCUUCCAACAGCAAAUCCAGAAUCUGCGAAUCAAGGAAAGAAUUUUGGAAGAGGAAAACAUCAAUCUGUCCAACUGGUUUCAGCAGCACAUGAGAGUGAUGGAAUUACACAACCUUGGAGUGGAAGGAAAAAAAUCGGUACAAGAACAACAAAAUGCAAUGGAUGAGUUUGCAUUCUUUGAGGACCAACCUACAAGUAGCAUUCUUCAACUUGCACUUGCUCAGCCAAAUCUUCAAGACUAUCACAAGUCUAGGGACCCAAAUCAGCCAUAA